AUGAGCGGAUUACCAGGCAAGGGCAGGGGCUCUGGAGGAGACGAUAGGGAGGAGAACAAGAGGCGUGGGGCACAAGAUAAGAAUAAGGCACCAGCAAAACCUCGGCCGAAGCGGACCGUAGAGCAGAAAGCAGCCAUCAACCAAAAAAGGCGACAACAGAGAUCAGACAACGCUGAACAGGCGAAACAUAACCUAGAACUGGGGGCUGACCUGCGUAAGGAAAAGGACGAGAGAAAUGCCAAGGAACGCAUUUACUAUGCGCAGAAGAGGAUAGUCGAUCAAGAAGGGGCGAAACAUGACCCAGAUCUGAAGGCUAAGCUGCGUGAGAAAGCGAACCACCAUGCUGCCUAUCAGAGAAAUUACAAAGAGCAGAGGGUGAUUAAGGAGACGGCGCUAUCUUCUGGGAGGCCGGAGACUCCAGCAAGUAUAACGUGGGAGAAGCCAGAAACCCUACUAUCAUACGGCUCACCACAGCCCAAACUUCUGAACUCGAAGAAAAUGGACAUACAGUUUGAAGAAUACGACCCACAAAACCCUGAAGGAAGUAACCUAAAAGUGCCUCAGGUCACGAAACCUCGCACAGAGAAACCUCGCACAGAGAAACCUCGCGAACCUCCGAACUCGAAGAGAAUGGACAUACAAUUUGAAGAAUACAACCCACAAAACCCUGAAGGAAGUAACCUAAAAGUGCCUCAGGUCACAAAACCUCGCACAGAGAAACCUCGCGAACCUCCGAACUCAAAGAGAAUGGACAUACAGUUUGAAGAAUACAACCCACAAAACCCUGAAGGAAGUAACCUAAAAGUGCCUCGGGUCACGAAACCUCCCCCACAGAAAUCUCGCCCACAGAACCCGAAAAGAAGUGACACAAAAGUGCCUCGAGUCCUGGAACCUCGCCCGCCGCUGUCCUCAACUUAUGGAUAUGACGAUCCGCAGACUGGAUAUGCCAUGCAGCCGCCCACAAAUGUCGGACGCGGCGAACAACGGCCAUCGUUUGCCGCUGUUGACCCGGCAAACCAACGACUUUUGGCGUCCCUCGAUGCGAGAGGAGAUCAGGCACGUACUGGGUGGAGACCGGGACCUGCGCCUGCCAAUCUACCCUCUCUUGAUCAGCGUAGAGAGAAUACCGGUCGGCGAUCGAGACCCACAGGUUCGGACCCGAAUCCAGCUGUCACCCUUUCUAUGGGGAAUCUAUCGAUGACCACACGCCCCUCAACGACUGUUUCGCACAGGGGGUCGCGUAACAGUCCACCAGAUAAUUCUGAUGAUCGUGCAACGCGGAGACCGCCAAACUUCAGGCAAAGGUAUACCGAUGAGCAAACCAAAGAUAAUAUGAGUAUGGGGAAGUUUCUUGAAUGA